AUGAAAAAAUCUCAUUAGCAUACAAGAUCCUCUGCAAGCUUUCCAAUCUUCGCUGUUUCGAUGUACACUCAAUUUACACCUGCAGAGGUGUUUGAUCUGCGAUGCGAGUAUGAGGUUCCUCGUUUUCUAGAUCUUAAUAAUCUUGAUUAUGACUCCAAAGGCUAUGAUAUCAAGUACAAUCAAGGAAUCACCUAGGAAGAUGAAUUUUUCUAAUGGUUCUAAAUUCCUCAUGAUUUCAAGGUAAAUAAAAAAAUGGUGAAUGCGACUAAGGAUUAAGUAGUGAAGUACUUGCCUCCAAAGAUGCCCUAGAAGAGUACUACAAAGUUAUAAUAAAAAAAGACUAGUACUAUGGUGAAUAACAUAUCUCUGUCAUCAAACGCUACCUCGAUCCCCAAUGAAACUACUAAGAUUACAGAAACACAAUAAUCGUUAAAUUCUGUCAAGAACUCAGGUUCUUAAACAGAUAGAAAUAUCAUGAGUUCCAAGAAUAGGACCUCACACAAAUACAUCUCUGAAAAGUUUAGACGUCAAUCCUAAUUUAAGCCAUUCAAACUCUAAUACAAACCAUAAUAUCCAUCAAAAUCAUUCAAGCAAUGCCAAAUCUAAUCUAAGCAAAAAACUUAAAGAUUGCAUCAUUAGCAAGCGAAAUCAUAGAUCGAUAACAUCAUGAUAGAUUUAACGACUGUUAACACUAAUGGAUCGACAUCAACAACAACUACAUAAAAUGUUAAAUCUAUAUCUGCGGCUAACAGUGCAAUAGCUACAAAUAUGAUCGUUAAAAAACAAAAAUAACAAGUCUAAAUAUAGUAAUAGAUACAGGCUUAAGCUAAGAUGUAGUAUCAAGAGAGAAUAGGGAAUCAAACAUCAAGAGAACGUUAGUAAUCUAGAACUGCUUUGAGUAAAUCGAGAGUGGAUUUCAUAUCUUAAAACAAAGAGCGAGUGAAAAUUAUUUCAGCCAGCUCAAAAACUAGGAAGUAGAGUGCCCAUCAUAACAAUUCAUUGACGUAAAACAACUAGAGUCAAGGAAGUGCUAACAAUAAUCAUAAUAUGAUCUACUUUUAAAACGUUAUAAUAGAGGAGAAUCAGAAUAGUAACAAAAUUGGCCUUUAGUAAACUAAAAGUAUUAGUCAACUAAUGAAAUAAAAAUCUCAAGUCUCUCAUUAGAGUAGUACAAAUCAUCAAUCAAAUACAACUUUGGCGACAGCCACUAGCACAGCAAGCAGAAAUGCUAAAAUGACUAUCAAGUAGGCUAAGCAACAUACAUCAAGGGAUCUCAGUAAAAUGGAUCAUACAACGUUAACUGCAAACUUGAGUGCGAUGUUAAAAGAACCUUCAAGCGUCAAGAGGAAGAGAAAUGGAAGAGUUAAUUCACUGAUGUGGGGAGGCUGUGCAUCCAGUUCUGGCAAUUUAAUGAAUGCCACUUCUGCUAAUAUGACAAUGAACUAUGGUCUAUCAACUUAAGGUCUCAAUCAAUAGCCAUCUUAUAACAAGAUUAGUGAAAUUGAUUUGAGUUCUUCAAACCAACCUUAUACUACAAGGGGAGAGAUCAAGAAUCCUGCAAUUAUGUAAAAUGAAAAGGAGAAUUUAAUUUAGAGUUAAUACCUCAAACAGCUUUUGAAGAUGCAGUAAAAGUAUUAGCACAGAGGACAUCAAAGGAACUAACUGAGUUAAAGUGGAAUAUCUGGCAAAAGCUUACUUUAUAAUGAUAAGAACACAAACUCAUAGACUUCCUUAAGCAAAAACAAAGUCACAAGUAGCUUUAGUAAAUUAGGAUCGAGUGGGGUGCUUAAUGAGACCACAAAUGCUAAAAAUAAUCAUCAUAGUAAAAAGUCAUCAAUUAAUGGGUAUAGCGGCCUGGCUGGUAUAGCUGGUGGGUCUUCAUCCUAAAGAGACCCCUUGAUUUCUAAUGUUAACUUAAAUAACUUAUGA